AUGCGGUCGGCCUACGUCCUCCACAAGUGCCCUAAGUCGCCGGCUGCUUCCUCUGCUCCGGGAGAUACCUCUUCGCGCUUUUGCUGCGAUUGCAAAAUCCUCUUCGUUAACAAGAAAGCGCUCCGGGAGCACAAUAACAACAUCCACAAUCCAUUGAGGCCCGCCCAGCCUAGUGUCCCUGUGGCGAAAGCUGCUCCUCCAACGCAGCAGCCGAAGACCGCUGAUGCAAGCAACUCCUCUUCCUGUGUGAGGAAUUUGAGUGGUGCUCUCGGAGUGUCUACUCCAUCUACUCCACCUACUCCACCGGAGCCUAGGCCUCUGUUGCCCUGUGCGGACUGCAACUUCCUGGCCAAAACAAGGAAGGGGUUGCGGUUCCACAGGUAUCGACAACACUCUGUCCCGAUAGCCAAGAGGUCAAUAUCAAGAUCGCAGGAGCACGCUCUGCCUCCCACCCCACAGGAUGCCAAAAUAGUUUCUCCACCUUCCUCGGGAGCCUAUAACACGAUUCACCCAGACCGAGCCGGCUGUAGUUCUGAUCAGAUAAAUUCAACUCUGCCCAGCAACUCUCAGUCAGUGGUUCAGUCCCCGGAUCUCACGUAUGUUAGCCCUUCCUCUAGACAGAGCACGCGGCACACUCCUGCGCCAGAUAACAUCCCCUCGGAGUUGUGCAGGAUUGGAAAUUCAUUAAAUAUCCUGUUCCCUAUCGAAGGCUGCCUCUCCUGUCCUGAGUUAGACUGUUCCUCUUCGUUUGUGUCCAAGUCAUGGAACUCGAUGAAGGGGAACUUGCUGCGUCACUUCAGGAGGGAACACUCCAUUCAGAUCAAGAUUUCAUACUUUUGGUGCGCCCUGUGCAAGUGCCGCAUUGCAAAGGCGCCAUCGAGCCACUCGUGCCUGCAGAAUUCUGGGCCCAUUCUUCCCCCACUAGUGCCAUUUAAUUGGAGGUGUAACACCUGUCCGGCCUCCUUUACAUCUGAAAAUGGGCUGAAGAACCACUCUGCCAGCCACGUCAAGGAUUCCAUCGCUAGCUGUGGCCCCCAACUUCAACUCGCGGUGCCAAAGAGGAGAAGGAGACGUCGCUUGGGCGUUAAUCCUAACGCUGCGAGCAACGUGGACGAGAGCAUAUCUCAUCCCUCGGCUGUGCUCUUGCCCCCAAAUACCAUCCUGCCCACUCCUCCCCCCUCCAACAACGCAAAUGGAGAUGACACCAGUCUGCUUGCUCCGUACAUUGCGGUUUUGGAUGAGAUGUUAGCGGUGGAUCCUGACGAUAAUAGCUACAACUACUUCCAGUCCACCCUGGACCAGGCCCUUGCUGAGAUCUACUCGUCGGUUGUUCCUGGAGGCCCUGGCCGGCGAGGACAAUCUAAAUCAGGAGAUGAAAGAAUUGAUAUUGAGAAUGCAGAGGUCUGCCAGAAGCUGUAUAGAAGAAACCGGCGAAGGGCGAUCAGGGAGAUCACUGGUGUCUCUGGGGAUAGAUGUUGUGUUCCCACCUCCACCCUGGAUGCCUACUUCAGAGACGCUUGGGGUCAGACUUUGCCUCUGGCUUUUAUGCAGCUUGCUCCGACCAGCGGGAGCCCCUUCUUGCUUCACAGUUCACACCGGCAGAGUUGGAAAACCUCCACCACCAUCCUCCUGCCCAAAGCUGGCGAUCCUACUCUGCCCACUAACUGGAGGCCUAUUGCUCUAUCUUCUACGAUUUAUAAGAUCUUCACCAAGUGUCUCACGAGGAGACUUGACGCCGUAAGAUACCUGAAAAAAGACCUUUGCAUCGGGUGGCUCGAUGUGUCAAACGCGUUUGGCGCUCUUCCUCACCAAGCUAUCUUUGAGGCUCUCGAAGCCGUGGGGACUGGACCACUAUUUGUUGACAUCAUCCGAGACCUGUACAGAGGCUCGAGGACUAAGAUCCUUUCGGACGGCGGCGUGACGUCUGAUAUUCCCAUCCUUAGCGGGGUCAAGCAGGGGUGCCCUAUUAGUGGUCUCCUUUUUAACAUCUGCAUUGAUCCAGUCAUCAGGAGCAUACAAGGAGACCACGUAGAGCACAAAGUGCUGGCCUUUGAUGACGACUUGUGCCUCCUCGCCGCCAGUCCAGAUGAGCUCCAAAAUAACCUCGACUCUGUACAGGCUCAACUGGCGGCACUCGGCAUGGUAUUGAACCCAAAGAAGUCGGUGUCCCUUCACUUCUCUGGCUGCACCCCGGUCGGAGUUAAAAAUACGUGCUUCAGAGUUGGAAGCGAAAACAUCUCUCCACUAAAGGAAGGUGAAUUUACCAGAUUUUUAGGCAGACCUGUGGGUUUCAACGCCUGGCCUGACUUCAAUAGCUUGAAUGACCUGUCCGGCAUUGGGGCCAAGAUCCUUUCCUCUGCCCUUGCUCCAUGGCAGAGACUGGAUGCCCUCAAAUCUUUCUUUUUCCCGGCUCUCCAGUUCCCCAUGCGGACAGCGCAGUUCCAGAAAACUGCAUGGCAGGCGUUGGACUCCACAAUUAGAGGUGAAAUCAAGAACACCCUUGGCCUCCCGGAGAACGCGGCCAAUGCGUACCUGUAUGGCCACAAGAGCAAGGGCUCCUGCUCUAUACCGAUUGCCGCUGAGGAGUCAGAUCUUAAUAGGAUUGACACUGCUUUUAAGCUUCUGACUUCCUCAGACGAGGAAAUAGUACUUCUGGCCACUGAAGACCUUAGGCAGACCAUCUCACACAGGCUGAAGAUUCCGUCCCCUUUCGAUGCGAACCUGGAGGAUUUCCUGUCGGGGGUGAUGGAGGGCCCGUUCUCCACCUUCGACAACGCCUACUCCAACGUCUGGACUUGUGCCAGACUCGCCUUCAGACGCCUCGGAGUAGUGUGGGAAUUUGACGACGGAGUGCCAAGGGUCAAGUACAACGAAAUUGUUGUUCGUGCAUCUGGUAGGAGAAAAGUCAUCUUCUCCAUUAGGGACCGGUUGAGGAACAACCGAUCGACCGCUCUAAUCAACAAACCCAGUCAGGGUAAGGCAAUGGAGUGUGUGGCCCAGUCACCUGCAAGCUCACACUUCAUUGCUGAUGGCACCUAUACCCGCUUUGCUGACUGGCGUUUUGUUCACAGGACUAGAUUGAACCUCCUCCCCCUUAAUGGAAGCCAGGUAUGGAAGGAAGAUAAGAGGUGUCGGAGAUGCAACGAGGCUGACCUAGAGACUCUGCCCCACGUCCUCAACCACUGUAAGGGCAAGUCCCGUGGCUGGCAACUCCGGCACGAUACCAUCGUCGCAAGGGUAAAAAAGGCGCUCGCUACCAGGUGCACGAUAAUUUCUGAAAACCAAAGAGUGGGCCCCGACAAUCUUCGUCCCGACUUAGUGGUGCAGUCGGGGAACAGGGUUUUCAUAGUGGAUGUCACCAUUCCAUUUGAGAACAGAAUGGAGGGUUUCGAGAAGGCUAAACGCCUGAAGCACGAUAAAUAUGCGAGUCUUCUCCCCCUCUAUUCCUCAAAUGGAAUGCAGGCUGCAAUUAUACCUAUUGUUGUUGGAGCACUGGGAGCUUGGGAUCCCGAGAACGACAGGUUUCUGUCGAAAUACAUGUCGCGGGGCUACCUCAACAAGUUUCGUAAGUUGUGUGUCAGCGACUGCAUCAAGUGGUCUCGCGACAUAUACGUCGAACAUAUUUCUGGGCAUCGGCAAUUCACUGAUGGGGUUGAUCUCGCAGAACACCUGACCCCUCCGGAGCCACCAAGUGACUUGUAA